CUCCUCAUGCUGAGUGCUCUGCCGGCCAGAGUACUCGCAGGCGAGACCCUCUCAUCUUCGGGCUAUUCAAUGUGCCUCAACGACCCUGACAUCCAGGUCGAACGCCUUAACGUCACAUACAAUCGCCAUUCCAGGUUAAUCACAUUUGAUGUAGCGGGAAAGAGCACAACGGAGUUGAAGGUCACUGUGGACUUGGUGGUCACCGCAUAUGGCCAGGAGGUCUACACCCGGAGUUUCAACCCAUGUGAUAUCAACGAUAUCAACAUGCCUCAGAUUUGCCCGGUUCCGGCGACUUCUUUUGCUUCCAAGGGACAAGAAAUUAUCCCUGAAAAAUAUGCCAGCCAGAUCCCGAGCAUCGCCUUCAGCAUUCCCGAUCUAGACGGCCUGGUCCAGCUCAAAUUGGUAAACACUGAAGGAGUCGUCAUUGCUUGUGUGCAGUCUGCGAUCACUAACGGUAACACCUUCAUUAUGCCUGUGGUGUCGUACGCUGCGGCUGGCGUGGCCGCUGGCGCCUUCGCGAUUUCGGCAGCAGGAUCCAUCGCGGCUGGUGGCCACCCCGGCGUCGGAUCCACAACAUCGCCAUCCUUCGGCGAGACCAUCGGCUGGUUCCAGGGUCUGGCGACGAGCGGUAUGCUGAGCGUGGCAUAUCCCAAAGUUUACCAGAGCUUCACCACCAACUUUGCCUUUUCCACUGGCCUAGUGCCUUGGGCUGGCCUGCAGACGACCAUUGACAGUUUCCGCCAGGCUACUGGAGGCAAUCUCACUGCCGCAAGCUAUGAAUAUCUGACCAAAAAUGCGACGCUGGUGUUUCCCGACAAGUCGCAUAACGAGACUCUGAACACUCGCUCUCUGUUCCGUAGAGACACGGUCGUCAGCGUCAAUGGCACGGAUUACGGCAAUGGCACUUUCUCCAACACGACUGCUCCGCCAACCAAAUCGGAACAUUUCGUGCACGGCAUCGAAGCAUACGUCGAGCAGUUGUCGAUUCCCAAGGCCAACACUUUCAUGACUGUUCUCCUCGUCUGGGCAUGUGUCGUCGGAGUCAUCAUCGUCGCUAUCCUACUCGGUAAGCUUGUCCUAGAGCUCAUCGCCUUGUCCAGGCCGCUCCCUCCUUCUAUGGAAUCCUGGCGCAAGCGAUACUGGUGGCGCAUGGCCAAGGCCCUCACGAACUUGGUACUCCUUCUGUACGGCAUGUGGACGCUCUACUGUAUCUACCAGUUCACCAACGGCGACUCCUGGGCUGCCAAGGCUCUUGCUGGUAUCACACUCGCCUUGUUCACUGGUGUUCUCCUCGGCUUCACCUACAAGAUUUACUCCAAGGCACGUGAGUACAAGCGUCUCGAGGGCGACUCGAAAGGUCUCUUCGAGAAGAAGGAGGUCUGGAUUCGCUACAGCCUCUUCUACGAAUCCUACAAACGGAGCUACUGGUGGAUCUUUGUUCCUGUGAUUCUUUAUAUGUUCGCCCGCGGUUGCGUGAUUGCGGGACUCAACGGCAAUGGUCUCUACCAAGUCUCCGCCCAACUGUUCGUCGAGGGCCUGAUGUUGGUCUUCCUUCUGUGGACUCGUCCUUUCGAGCGCAAGUCCACUCGAUGGAUCAACAUUACCAUUCAGGUGGUUCGCUUCCUCUCCGUCGGCUGCGUCCUGGUCUUCGUCGAAGAACUCAACAUCUCGCAGACCACCAAGACCAUCACCGGCGUCAUCCUGAUCGUCGUCCAGUGCGUCCUGACCGGAAUCCUCGCCAUCCUGAUCGCCGUCAACGCCAUCAUCGGCUGCAUCAAAGAAAACCCGCACCGCCGUCAACGCAAACUCGCCGAGAAACAAGCCCUCGAGCGGGACCUCGAAGAUCUCGAGCCCGGCAGCCACCCGCGCCGCGCAUCCCUCAGCAUGGAC